UCUGGCUUUGCCGGGGGAAAAGAAAACAACCGCCUCGCUCGCGCCCCCGCUGCCCCUACGACCACGACGGCCUCCUCCGGAUGAGGGUCGGGUCCUGCCGCGUCUUUUACCGUCAGCUGGAUGUCAAAUCACAACGCGCCCUGUGACAUCCCCAAGCCGGCCUCCGUCGACGAGUUCCUCGUCAAGAAUGGCAAGAAGAAGAAGUCCUUCAUGUCGGGCCUCUUCCGCAAGAAAGGGAGGGGCAUGGACAAGAAGCUGCUCUCGCGGCGGGACAUCGUCUUCGAUUUGGAGGGCAAAAGCGGCGACAGGAUGGACCUCUUGGAGGCGUCCCCCGCUGUCCGCAAGAGCUUCUCAGAUCGGCACUGCACGACGCGGAUCGAAAACCUGACUCUGAGCUGCCUGGAUUCUCCCAUUAGACCCAACGUCGACACCCGGGAGUACCGGGUGUUUGUAGGCACAUGGAAUGUGGGAGGGAAGCCUCCUGACAGCAGCAUUAACCUUGAAGAGUUUCUGCAGAUUGAAGGACUGCCCGAUAUAUACGUCUUGGGGUUUCAGGAGAUCGUGCCUCUGAACGCGGGCAACGUUCUGGUCGUGGAGGACAACGAGCCGGCGGGCAAGUGGAUGGAGCUCAUCUACCAGGCCCUGAACAAGCCGCCGGCCCAGGACGGGCAGUCCUCCGGCGACGAGCUCUCGCCGCCGGAGUCCACCACCUCCCACUACGCCCAGCCGUCCCAGGUCCGCGUAGGCGGCCGCGACCCCAGCAGCACCGCCAUCCCCAAGUCCUCCAGCGGCGGCCAGCUCUUCGCGCAGAAUAAUAAGCCGCCGCCGCUCAAGGUUGUCAACAAGAGCUACCGCGUCGACAACGCGCUGGUCAAGACGUGCACCUGCAUGUCCGACCCGUCCACCAUGCAGCGCCGGGCACGGGAGAUGCGCGAGUUCCUCUACCGCGUCGAGGCCGCCGCAGCCUCGCCGAACCGCGGCGCCGUCGACGACGACGACGCGCUGCCUUCCAUCGAAGGCAGCGACCAGAGGGGCGCCGGCAUGAACUAUUGCCUCAUCGCGAGGAAGCAGAUGGUCGGGAUCUUCCUGUCGGUGUGGGUGCGGCGGGAGCUCGUGCAGUACGUCGGCCACCUCCGGGUCGACUGCGUCGGCCGGGGCAUCAUGGGCCGCCUCGGGAACAAGGGAUGCAUCGCCAUGAGCAUGACGCUGCACCACACGAGCAUCUGCUUCGUGUGCUGCCACCUGGCGUCCGGCGAGAAGGAAGGCGACGAGGUGCGGAGGAACUCCGACGUCGCCGAGAUCCUCAAGAACGCGCAGUUCCAGCGCAUCUGCAAGGUGCCCGGCCAGCGCGUUCCUGAGAAGAUCAUUGACCACGACCGGAUCAUAUGGCUUGGGGAUUUGAAUUACCGAGUCUCGUUGAGCUACGAGGAAACUAAGGCGCUGCUGGAGGAGAAUGAGUGGGACAUCUUAUUGGAGAAAGAUCAGCUCGCGAUGGAGAGACAAGCCGGGAGAGUGUUCAAAGGGUGGAAGGAGGGCAAGAUCUACUUCGCCCCUACAUACAAGUACAAGCAGAACUCCGACUCAUAUGUAUGGGAGACCGCGAAAUCGAAGAAGAAACGGCGAACGCCAGCAUGGUGUGACCGGAUACUGUGGCACGGCCAGGGCAUCGAGCAGCUGCAGUACAUCAGGGGCGAGUUCAGGCUCUCCGAUCACAGGCCUGUCUGCAGCGUGUUCGUUGUCGAAGCCGAUGUAGAUAGUGGGAGCAAGAUCAGAAAGGGCUACUCAACUCUGGACGCUAGGAUCCAUUGCGACUCCUCCGCGAUACCCAAGAGACACAGCUUCUAUGAUGACUUCUGAAAUUUUGACUUGUGAUGAUAGCUUUUGUUUAUAAUAUAGCAGCUUACAAAGAUCAGAAACGUUUGUAGCGAAAAGGCUGAAGUUUUUCAAGCCUAACACUUGUCUUGUACCAAGUGGUAUACUAACUGAAAGUCAAUGGUGGUUACUGAACAGAAUACAAGUGAACAAUGGUAUUUCACCCAA